GUUAUCCAUAUUAUUCUUUCCACAUAUGGUGCAUGGCGGGCAGGUUGUGGUGCAGUGUACUCUCCCGCCCGGUAGAUGGCGCGACAAACCACCAGUGUACCUGAACACUGACAGAACGCUAGAGCCGGCAUGCGUCUACUUCCGGAGCAGUAGAUGUAAACAGAAGGACGUUCCGCCUCUGGAGACUGCAGCAGAAAACAUGACCAAACUGGAGCUGUUGAACGUGUUUCUGAACGACAGGCUGACAGCGGCCGCAGAGGAGAUUUUCCGAGCCGUUAAAGACACGGUGGCGGAGUAUCAGAGCGAAAUCCUGCGCUCCAGAGAGGAGAACGAGCGGCUCAAACGGCUCCUCAACGUAGCCGUCCAACGGCUGCUACUGCAACCAGAAGCUAACCCUGUCCAGCUCCAAGAAGAUGAUCAGCCCUGCGAGUCUGAAUGGAGAAGCAGUGUGGAGCUGCUGCCACAAGUUAAAGAAGAGCCCAAGCUCCAAGACAUUCAAACAGACUGUCCACAUGAAGGAAGUGACUCAGUGGAAGGAAACUGUAGUCAUGUCGAGCCGCUACAGAGGACACAUCCUCCACCAGCCCAAACAGUGUGCAGCAGAGAAACUGUCUCUCCUCCUCCACUAACAUCCCAGGAGAUCAAGACAGAUAGUGACAGAGACAAACACCAGCCAGCCAGCAGCUUACCAUCCUCUCUGACUGUUCACUCAAACUGCAGAGCUACUCAGAGCGAUAUUGCAAAGAGUCACAGGACUCAGAAAACAGCUCUAUCAGGAUCUGUUAGCCUGCAGGUGAAAGGACUAUCUCGCUCAAAUGGAAAACAAAGCGCACACGCACUGCAGAUAAAGAAUGUAAGAUCCCUUAAGCCGCCUCCACCUCGCCCCUCUCACCCAAGCCAGAGCAUCCAGAGGUGGCACAGCUGUAAAGAGUGUGGCAAGGGCUUCAGCUUCGCCUGCCAGCUGGAGGUACACAUGCGCUGGCACACCAAGGAGAAGCCAUACAGCUGCUCUGUGUGCCGAAAGAGCUUCACCACGGUCAGCAUGCUGAAGAGGCACCACCGCAUCCACACCGGAGAGAAGCCCUUCCGCUGCCACGUCUGUGGGAAAUGCUUCAACCAGUCAGCGCACCUUAACACCCACUUCAGGCUCCACACCAGAGAGAGGGCCAGCUGGAGCCGAGCACCGCACUCCAAGUGAACAGAGUCUCCAGAGAUCCUCAGACAACAUGAAACUAACCUAUCUGUAAACUUUGAAAUGCUUAAACUGGCCAAACGUCCAGGUUCAAACAGUGUACAGUAAUGGUGUUUGAUUGUGUGUCUUCUCUGUUGUGCAAUACAGUGUGAUAUGUGGUUCAUUGAUUGUGUUGUUGAACACACUUUUCAAAGGUAUUAAAGGAUCAUUUUGCGCAA